AUGACAUCAGCAACAACAUUAGGCGCACUCAUUGGAGGCCUCGUGGCGGGCGUUCUUUCCGACUGGACAGGUCGAAAACCCGUUCUUGGUAUCGCAGACAUCGUUUUUAUAGGUGGUGCAAUUGCACAAGCGGUCUGUCAUGAUGUUUGGAGUAUGAUUGGAGGCCGUUUCCUCCUUGGUAUAGGCGUAGGCCUGGCAUCAUGCGUAGCUCCAUUAUACAUCCAAGAGCUUUCACCCACACGUCUACGGGGUCGUAUGGUCGUAUUAAACGUAUACGCCAUCACUCUAGGACAAGUAAUCGCCUACGCGAUCGGUGCUGCAUUCACGCAUGUACAUGGAGGGUGGAGAUGGAUGGUCGGCUUGGGUGCAGUACCAGCGGCGUUGCAGGCGGCGUUUUUGUUUUUGCUGCCUGAGAGUCGUGACACAGUCCUGGUCUGGAGUAGUCUUGUUCUCGAUGAUCUUCUUCGUGGCUUCCUACGCGACUGGGCUUGGGAAUGUACCUUGGCAGCAGGGGGAGCUGUUCCCACUUGA